AUGGGAAGAGAGGCGGAGAGAUGGGAAGAAAGGCGGAGAGAGGGGAAGAGAGGCGGAGAGAGGGGAAGAGAGGCGGAGAGGUGGGAAGAGAGGCGGAGAGAUGGGAAGAGAGGCGGAGAGGUAGGAAGAGAGGCGGAGAGGUGGGAAGAGAGGCGGAGAGGUGGGAAGAGAGGCGGAGAGGUGGGAAGAGAGGCGGAGAGGUGGGACGAGAGGCGGAGAGCGGGGACGAGAUGCGGAGAGAUUGGAAGAGAGCGAGGACUAGAGGCGGGGAACGGGAAGGAGAGGCGGAGAGAUGGGAAGAGAGGCCGAGAGCGGGAACGAUAG